ACGACAACCACAACUGUACCUCCCACGACAACCACAACUGUACCUCCCACGACAACCACAACUGUACCUCCCACGACAACCACAACUGUACCUCCCACGACAACUGUACCUCCUACGACAACCACAACUGUACCUCCUACGACAACCACAACUGUACCUCACACGACAACCACAACUGUACCUCCUACGACAACCACAACUGUACCUCCUACGACAACCACAACUGUACCUCCUACGACAACCACAACUGUACCUCCCACGACCACAACGGUACCUCCCACGACAACCACAACGGUACCUCCCACGACAACCACAACUGUAGCUGCUACGACCCCCACAACAACUGUAGCUCCUACGACAACAACUGUAGCUCCUACGACCCCCACAACUGCAGCACUUACAACGACAACUACAUCCGAAACUGCUACGACAACCACGACUUCA